AUGUCUGAACCAGCAAUCACACCAGUCGAUGCAUCGACUACCUCGACUACUACAACUGCUGCUCCUGCUGCUGCACCAGUAAAGAAGGAGAAGCCAGAGAAGGCUGAGAAGGCAAAGAAGUUCACAUUAAAGACUCCAAAGGGUACACAAGACUACAACCCAGAGCAGAUGGCCAUUCGUGAGGAACUGUUUGACAACAUCAAGACAUGCUUCAAGAGACACGGUGCUGUCACAAUCGAGACUCCAGUGUUUGAGCUCAAGGAAACAUUGACAGGUAAAUAUGGAGAGGACUCAAAGCUGAUAUAUGAUCUGCAGGAUCAGGGUGGUGAGAUAUGCUCAUUGCGUUAUGAUCUUACUGUUCCAUUCGCAAGAUACGUGGCAAUGACACGUACUCGUGCAAUCAAGAGAUACCACAUUGCUCGUGUCUAUCGUCGCGACAACCCAGUCAUGACCAAGGGUCGCUUCCGUGAGUUCUAUCAAUGCGACUUUGACAUUGCUGGCGAGUACGACCUGAUGGUGCCAGACGCAGAAUGCGUCAAGCUGAUCUGCGAGAUCCUCGACGCAGUCAAGAUCACCUCCUACCAGAUCAAGCUCAACCACCGUCGUCUUCUCGACGCCAUCUUUGCCAUCUGUGGCGUGCCCGAGGACAACUUCCGUCCAAUCUGCAGCGCCGUCGACAAGCUUGACAAGUCGCCAUGGAGUGAGGUGCGCAAGGAGAUGGUCGAGGUCAAGCACCUCGACCCAACCGUCGCUGACAAGAUCCAGACAUUCGUCGCUCUCAAGGGUAAGCCCUUUGAGUUACUCGAGAAGAUCAGAUCGUCGGGUCUCUGCGACUCUAGCAAGGACGCUAUCGCCGUGCUCGCCGAUCUCGAGGUGCUGUUCAAGUAUCUCAGAGCGAUGGGCGUGGAUGACAAGGUGCUCUUUGACCUGAGCUUGGCACGUGGACUCGACUACUACACUGGAAUCAUCUAUGAAGCCGUCGUCCAGAACGAAUCAGAGGUCGGCUCAAUCGCCGCCGGUGGUCGCUACGACAACCUCGUCGGUAUGUACGGCAGUCUCCAGGUGCCAUCUGUUGGCUUCAGCAUUGGAAUCGAGCGUAUCUUCUCCAUUUUGGAAGCUCGCGCCAAGAAGGAGGGCAAGGCAAUCAAGCAGAACCACACCAAGGUCUACGUCAUGCAGAUGGACCAGAAGGACCUGCUGGAGGAGCGUCUAAAGAUAUGCACAUCUCUCUGGGACGCCGGCAUCAACACCGAGUUCAUGUACAAGAUCAAGCCCAAUGGCUCCAAGCAGAUGGAGACCGCACUCAAGCUCCAAGUGCCAAUCAUCGUCCUGUUUGGUCAGGACGAGCUCGAGAAGAAUGAGCUUACCCUCAAGAACACUGUCGAGAACAAGCAAGAGAGAAUCCCAAGAGACCAACUGGUCGCCAAGGUACAAGCUCUAAUGAAGGAGUUGAAUCUCUAA